AACGUAGCCCGCGCGCUCCCGCCUUAAAGCAGUGACGCUACAAGAUGGCGGCGCUUUGAAACGGCGGCCUCGGGCGGGACAUGGAAACCAAGAGCGCCCGGCCACAGGCCAGCAGGGUUAACAAAUUGGAUAUUUGUCACGUAUCUUCGAGAAUGAUAUCACUUGAAAUCAAUGGAUAAAUGCAAGCACGUAGGGCGGCUUCGGCUUGCCCAGGAUCAUUCGAUCUUAAACCCCCAAAAAUGGCAUUGUGUGGACUGCAAUACUACAGAGUCGAUGUGGGCAUGUCUCAGCUGUUCACAUGUUGCCUGUGGACGCUAUAAUGAAGAGCAUGCACUAAAACAUUUUCAGGAAAGCAAACACCCCGUAGCCUUGGAAGUAAAUGAGUUUUAUGUAUUUUGUUAUGUUUGUGAUGACUAUGUGCUGAAUGAUAAUGCGACAGGCGAUCUCAAAUUGUUGAGGAGCACAUUAAGUGCGAUCAAGAGCCAGAACUAUGACUGUACAACUCGAAGUGGUAGGACUUUACGGUCAAUGGCAGGAAGUGAUGACACUUAUCUUUCUCGGGGUUGUGCACAGGCACAGUUGCGAAAUGAGGAUAGGAUGUUCACUGCACUUUGGCAUCGCCGUAAACUGCUUUUGUCUAAGGUGUUCCAGUCUUGGUUCGCUCUGACGAGCAGUGGGAAACUGAGGCUGGAAGAAGAACGGCUAAAAGAAGAGGCUGAACUGAAAAGGGAAGAAGCCAGAAAAAGGCGACAAGAGCUAAAGCAGCGGCUACAUGCCGAGUUGCUGAGUGCACCACCACGCAAAAGUUCCCGUUUAAACGAACUCUCUCAAGUUAGUGACCCGGCACCUCUACGAUCACCAGCAAAAUAUCCAGCUGUAACAACUGCCCUUACGUCAAGUGCAGUUAGAUUGAAAAAAAUUGGUGAUUCUCCUAUUAAACGGAGACCCACAGUCACACCUGGUGUGACAGGACUGAGAAACUUAGGAAAUACCUGCUAUAUGAACUCCAUUCUGCAAGUGCUAAGUCAUCUGCAAAUAUUUUGCGAGUGUUUCUUGCAUUUUGAUUUGAGUCAAACUCAGGAGCUGCUGGCUAGUACAGCAAAUGGGAAAACAAGGCCCUCGAACCAGCAAUAUUUGGUUAGUGACAUUAAUUCAAGCACAUCUUCAAUAGAUGAGGAGAAGAUCUUGAGACGACCCAGUCUUUCUGAAGGAUUGAGUGGGGGAGCAUCAAGUAGCAGAAAUAGGGAGCUAAUUCAGUUGAAGGAGCCAAGCUCGAAGCACAUCUCUCUGUGUCAUGAACUCCACACCCUUUUUCUGGUCAUGUGGUCUGGCAAGUGGGCUUUGGUAUCUCCCUUUGCUAUGCUUCACUGUGUAUGGCGACUGAUCCCAACAUUCCGUGGAUAUGCCCAACAGGAUGCUCAAGAAUUCCUGUGUGAGCUAUUGGAUAAAGUCCAGCAGGAGUUGGAAGCUGCAAAAACAAUGUGCACAACCCCGAUCCCCAUAUCGCAGCAACAGAUAAUCAGGAAAGUUCUGACUGUGGUUAACACCAUUUUCCAUGGACAGCUACUCAGUCAGGUUACAUGCCUUGCUUGUGACAACAAAUCCAACACGAUUGAAUCCUUCUGGGACCUUUCUCUAGAAUUUCCUGAGAGAUACCACUGCAAUGGGAAAGAAGCUGCUUCCCAGUAUCCUUGUUCAUUGACAGAAAUGUUGGCAAAAUUCACAGAGACAGAAGCCUUGGAAGGGAAAAUUUAUGCCUGUAACCAGUGCAACAGAAACCGCAGGAAGUCAUCUUCAAAACCAUUGGUCCUGACUGAAGCUCAGAAACAGCUAAUGGUCCACAAACUGCCUCAGGUUAUGCGACUACACCUCAAACGCUUUCGGUGGUCUGGUCGCAAUCACCGUGAGAAGAUAGGAGUACAUGUGAACUUUGACCAGCUAUUAAAUAUGGAACCAUACUGCUGCAGAGAGUUGGCAGGAGACUUUGGGUCCAACAGCUUCAUAUAUGACCUGGCAGCUGUGGUCAUGCAUCACGGAAAGGGUUUUGGCUCUGGACAUUAUACAGCAUACUGCUUCAGUACAGAUGGAGGUUUGUGGGUCCAUUGUAACGAUUCCACAGUAACGAUCUGCACUGUGGAUGAAGUCUGUAAAGCACAGGCCUAUAUUCUCUUCUAUACUCACCGUCUGCCUCACAACAUUAAAGUACCAUCACCACCUGCCUCGCCUGGGAAUGAUUCAACACCAGCAUCGACUUGAAUGCAGCUCAGAAGUGCCGCUACUUUCUCAACGUAGUCCGUGCCUGGAGGCAACAUUGUUCGAAAGAUUUUCAACUAUCUUGAGGAUUCUGUGGAAGAGUACUUUACAGACAUUUUACACAGAUGGAGUUGUAACUUUCCUUUCGAAUGUGUACAGUAUAGUCAUAAGUUUUGUAGUGUAUUUUUUAUCUUGCCAGAGAAUUACUUGGGAGUAAUUUGAGGAAAUGCUUCUAUUCUCUUACGUACAGUAUUGUUUUAGUAAUAGCCAUAUAGCAGAGAAUUUCUAUUUUUCAUACAUUUGAUAGAGGGAUUCAAUAGAUGAGCUCACUGUAAUAUUAGUAGCUCACCCCAUCUGACAGACAAUAUGCUGUUUGGCAAUGUAUUAAUGAGACUAACUUGUUCCUCAUUCUUCCUUCACACUGAAUUGUAUUUCUGUAAUGUUUACAGAUUCACUAGCUUGGCUUUACAGUGAUAUGCAGCAUUAUUUGGUUUAACAUUCUACUUUCACCUUCUUUCUGCAAUGUUAAGAUGGCCCUUUGCUGUACCAUACAUGCUCUAGUUAACCAAGCACAACCAGUGGAAUUGCACAGGAGUGGCUCCUCUCCAUAACUUUAAAAUGGAAAAGUAAUGUUCAAUGUUGUAUGACUGCUUUCCUAUCUUCCUGAGCAAGUGAACUGUUAUCUACAUUCUGUAUCCCUCCACUUUAUCUUUGAUCAACUUUUAGUAUCUAAGAAAUUGAAUGUUAUGCUGAACCCCAUCAUUACAGCAGAAUUUAUUAACUGGCACCUAUCUGGCCAGAAGUGUGCUAGUUGAUCAAAUAUUCCAGUUGAUCAAGAGGCCCAUGUAAUCAAUAUAAAACACACUAAAUAAUAGAAACAUAUUUAGGGGGAAUAUACAUCACUGCUGUACUUUAUUUACAGCAUAAACCACUUAAAUAAUAAUGCAACUUUGCCAUAAAUAAAAUGUACCACCACAGAACCUUGAAGCUUCCCUCUGACUACUGACAUUGUGGUAGAUUGUGAUAUUUGAGGAGAAAUUGACUCUAAAUUGAAUCAGCUAUUGAUAUUGUGUGGCCAUUUGAUUGAACAAGUAUUUACAUUGAGAUAAUUUUUUUAAAGUAAUUGGACAGAAUAAUACAGUAAAUUUCAGUAAAAUACAAUAGUCAUAUAUGAUUUUUGCCACUUUUAUCGAUAGUGUUGGGCUGGUUAAAACAAUAUUUGUUGUACUAUCUUUGAUCUAUGACAGUUUGGAAGGACUGAAAUCCAUAUCGCAAAACAUAGAAGCAUUGAAAUAUCAUAAACAAUUUCUGAAGUUUUAUUUGUGUGUGGGUGUCUUGUCCUUUAGCAACAAAGUUAAUUUGAUUCCUGUGAUGAAAAUGUUUGUCUUAUGUGGAUAAAUUGAGCAGGUUGGGCCUAUACCCUCUGGAGUUUAGAAGAGUGGCAGGUGAUCUAAUUGAAACCUGAGGUUUUGAGAAAGGGUGGGCUAAGUGUUUCCCUUUAAAGGUAGAGCUAGUGGUUCAAAACAUAGGGUCUCCCAUUCAAGUUGGGGAUGAGGAUGCAUUUCUUCUGAGUUAUGUUUAGCAUUUCAUUUCACAGCAGUGGAGGCUAUCUCACUGAGUGUUUUCAAGACUGACUCAGCUUACUUAUUGACUGGGGAGUCCAGAACUAUGGAGGGCAGAUUGAAGAAUGGAGUUGAGACCACAAUCAGAGCAGCCAUAAUCUUAUUGAAUGUCACAGUAGGCUUGAGGGCCAAAUGGCCUUAGUCUUUUUACAUUGAGAUUUCUCAGUUCACUGUUUGCCUCACUGCUGUCUGAGACUCUUGUCUCUCCCUACGUAGUCCAGACUAUUAUAUUUCAUGUCACGGUUUAGUGCUGCCACCUAGUAUCUGAAAUUGAAAUUGAAGGCUGCUGUAGUGCUGAACCUUUGGGGUGGCACAGUGGUUAGCGCUGCUGCCUCAGCAUCAGGGUCCCAGGUUCGAUUCUAGCCUCGGUC